CCCAUUGGCUACGGUCUCCCCCAACACCAGGGCUCCCCGAUCUCCCCCAGACCUCGGUCCGUCCAGUUUCCAGCUGCUGCAGCCGCGCCUUCAUCGCUUCGGCAUCCAGCCACCCCUUGCUCCAGCGCGGCAUGGCGACCCCAACCCAGGCCCCCACGAAGGUUCCUCAAGAACCUGACCCAUUUUACUAUGACUAUGACACUGUGCAGACUGUGGGCAUGACUCUGGCUACCAUAUUGUUCCUGCUGGGCAUCCUCAUCAUCAUCAGCAAGAAGGUGAAGUGCAGGAAGGCGGACUCCAGGUCUGAGAGCCCCACAUGCAAGUCCUGUAAGUCAGAGCUUCCCUCCUCAGCCCCUGGAGGUGGUGGCGUGUAACACCAGCCUCCCGGCACCUCCACUGCUGUCCCUGCCUGAGUGUGGGAGCCUGAGGACCGGGUGGAGGUGGUGGGGAUCCCAGCCUUGCGCUGCUGGGAGCAAUCCCCGGAAUGAGCCGCCCCACCCACCCCGAGCCUGGAGCCGCUGCAUCCUGCUGCCCCUCCCCAGGCCUUGGCAAUGAUGACCCCUCAAAGACCCCAUCUGCGUCCCAGAUCCAGAGACUAACGUCUCCAGUUCCUGGAGUCCAGGAGUCCAAUGCCCACCCAGCCCCCACAGUCCCCCGUGUACUUCCCCUGUGCACCUCCUUGUCUCCUCUCCAAAGACCCAUUCCCCUGCACCCUCAGUGUUUAUGUCUUGAGCUAAAUAAAUGUGCAUUUGGUUUUU